UGAGCUGCGGGAGCUGGGAGAGCAGGUUUCCGGGCUGUAGCUGGAGCUGUGGAGCUGUGUGUUAGCUGUGUGUGUGUCUGUGCGGGGAUUUAGUAGAGCUGUGCUGGGGACAGACCUGAAGAGGAGAGGAAUUAAGACUGAAUAAUAUAAUAUACCGCUUUAUUCCGGCCGUUUGGAGCGGUUUUACAGCGAUAUCAGAUCUGCAGUCAUGCGGACGGGCGGCUCUGCGCGGGGGAGCGGGCAGGCGAAGCUGCUCCAGCUGUGCUGCAGCAGGACUGCAGAACGACUGUAGACGCCCGCUCUGAAUGCUGACAGGACAGUGACUGGCUGUGAUUGGCAGCUCUGCUGCGUCCGUCAGUCUGCUAUGCUGUCUGCGGAGGUGGCCCGGGAAUUCCAGUCAAAGGAGCGCAAAUACAAGUCUAAUCUGAGGAGAUGCCUGUCCAGUGCACUGUCUGCAGACCUGCACAGGCUGCUUCAGGAGGAGCAGGAGGUGGAUGUCACUCUGUGUGUGGGCUCAGGCUUCCGGCUCCAGGCCCAUCGAGCCGUUCUCCUGGCCCGGACUCCACAUCUACUCCAGGGCGUCGCACCAACUGCAGUCGUCCACCUACAGGGCACUGAGCCCACAGCUCUGAAAGAGCUGAUCCGGAGAGUGUACACUGAGGAUAAAAGCCUGGGUAAAGCAGGCGGCAGCUCUGCGGGAUUGGAGGGCCACUCUGGCCUGCUGAACGGCUCUGGAGUCGAGACAGAAGAUGUGGAGCUUCAUCCCAACUCAGACACAGAUUCUGUGCGGUUAGUGCCGGCCUCUGGUCUCGGCGCUGACCUUUUGGCUCUGUAUGAAAAAGGUGAAGCGUCUGAUAUCAGCAUCCAGGUGGGAGAGCGAGUCUUCUCCGCUCACAGGGCCAUCCUGUGUGCCCGCUCUCAGUAUUUCCGAGCAAUGCUGUGUGGCAGUUGGAUGGAGAGCUCGCGUCAGUGCAUCACACUGCAGGGUCUUGGGCCAGAUGAGAUGGAGAUUCUUCUGCACUUCAUGUAUGGAGCCAUACUGGACCUUCCUCCAGGAACCAAUGUGAGUCAGGUCGUGUUAGCAGCAGACAUGCUGGGUCUGGAAGGACUGAAAGACGUGGCUGAGAUGGUUCUGACACGAGAUUACUGCAGAUUCUUUCCUAAGCCAGUUGAAGGAGUUCAGAGGAGCAUACUCGAGUGCCUUGCCAUCAGCCAUUCCAUUGGCUUACAGAGCCUCUACAGCUCCUGUGUGGGAUGGGUUGCUGAGCAUUUUGUGAAGUGCUGGUCUGAGAGGAGCUUCGCCAUUCUUCCUCAAGAGCUACAGAGAGACUGCCUCAACACCGUAACCAAAAACAUGACGGUGCAGAGCGCAGUGUCCGUGCUGUGUGACAGUGAGCAGAUCAUUGGCAGUUUGCCAGAAGUAAAAUGGGCAAAGCAGGUUCUGAGUCUGGCCAAUGAGCUUCAGGAGCAGUGUUUAAAGACCAUCGUCACACACCUGCCUCGGGUCAUAUACACCACUGCCUUCCACAGUCUCCGCAGGAGAGAGGAGUUCACGCGUGACCCCGCUCUGCUGAGGAAGGUGUGCGAGGCUGUGCAGGAGGGCGUUAACGUGGAGAACUGCUGCGAUCUCUUCACCGCUGUGGACCAGCUGAGCGGCCAGUCAGAAUCCGACAUACUGACGGCAGAGACGACCAAUCGGGAGCAGGAACAGGUUGAGCCGUUCAGGCGUGAGGUGUGUUUGCUGCGCGCUCGGCUGUGGACGUUUCUGCUUCAGUCCUUUUUUGCAGUGCGGCACACGCGAGGAUGGGACACGCUGCCACCCAGACACAGGGAACGGAUACUGGCAGCUACUCUUGAUACGGGAGACUGCAGAAGACUCAGUAAGAAGCCUGUCCUCUCCAGCUCUCAGAAGCUUGGAAAAUGUCCAUCAGGCACGUCCUCACCGUGUGACAGUCCUCCGACUCUUCGGCCCCUGAAGGCCCCCAAGGUCCCUCGUCCGCCUGCUGGAAACCCACGAGCAGCUCCAGCACCAGCAAGCGCCAUGAAAUCUGACAAUCUGACAUCACAUGCCACGGCCACAGCCACCAAAACCAAACCUGCCACUAAUAACAAGGCAGACAAGGCCCAGCUGCCUGGAGGCCCGGCCAAAAAGAAAACGGCGCUUGCUGCUAAACCUGUGCUGAACGGUAGCAGUGGCACAGCUGCCCGCAGGGAGAAUUCAGCUGCUAAUGGCACCCGGGGGUCACCCACAGGCAAAGCGGCUCAGGAAAAGAGGACGGCGACAGGUGCCAGGCCCAAGUCUUCGACUGCCGGGUCUGCUGGAGCAGCGGGACAGGUCACAGCAGCGAAAUCCCACAAAACUGCAGCAUCAGGGAAGGACUCCACUCAGGGCUCGGCCUCUGACAGCCCAGGGAACGCCCACUGUGGCCAGACCACACCCCCCACAUCAGGAAGUGCAUCGCCGGAGAGCAGCAUGAGCAGUCCACGCAACAACAGCCACGCUGCUUCUGCAGUUCUCAGGCCAAAACCCCAACCCAAGGCUACCACAGCAAAACCUGCUCUGACUAAGACCAUACAAAAACCAGAGACGGACAAGACCAACAGCCCCACUAAUAAAGCAAACAAGCCCAAGACCACAGUGAGAACCGGAGCAAGUGGGCCGACUGCAGCUCGGAAAGAAGUAAAGAGCCAAAGUACUGGUUCAGAAAACCACGGUUCAUCCAGACCCAGUUCCACCCUGAGCUCCAGAAAACCUCCAUCUCCCAGAAAAGACGACGAAAAGCUGUCAACCGCUAAGAAGCUAACAACAAGACCCAGCACAGCAGAGGCCAAACCAGUCUCCAAAGCAGCAAAGCCCACAGUGUCGACUUCUAAACCUGCUACAGCUACAACAAAUAAAACAACAGCCAAGCAGAAAACCCUGGAAACACCAGCUACGAAAGCAUCUCCUAGAUCUGCAGCAUCUUCUAAACAGUCGUCUCCAGCUGCAUCCAAAAAACCUGGGACUGCGACCAAGGAUUCCGCGCCUAGUCCCAAACAUUCGGACUCCAAACUGGCACCCCAGGAGCCCAGUGUUCCUUCAGAGAAAAUAAAGGAAGAGACGAGAAGACAGGACGUAAAGUCAGCACAAGACGAGAGCUCCAAAGAACCCGUAUCAUCUGAAGGAAGUUCACUUGUUGGAGCGGUUUUGCCAGAACAGAGUGGGUCGGUUCAGGAUUCUGCGCCAAAACCCGAAAAAUGCAUAGAUUCACAAGUUAAAUCCAGCAGUACGGGGAAGACUGAAGCGACACAAAGCCAGCCUAAACCUGUAACUACCCAAGCUAAGAAGACUGAAGUGGGUGUGGCUAAAGUGACCCCAGGUCAUCACAGUGGAGCAAUAACAACAGCAGCAGCAGCAUCAGCAGCACAGGGUACCAAUCCCCAUAACUGUUCCAGAGACUCAGACCUGCCCCCUGACACCCCCUGCAGUCUAGGCAGCACAGACACGCCCAUGGAGGACUCGUGGGGUGGGAUACACCCCCAAAUUAGCCCUGAGUCCGAAACAGCCAGUGCCACCACUUCCUCAGACGACAUAAAGCCACGAUCCGAAGAUUACGACGCUGGUGGCUCGCAGGACGAUGACUGCCACUCCCACGAGCAUGGCACGUCCAAAUGUGGCACCAUGCGAUGCCCCGACUUCCUGGGUCGCAGCAGCAGCGACACAAGCACCCCCGAGGAGCUUAAAAUGUAUGAAGGCGGGGCCGGGCUGCGGGUAGAGGUGCGGCUCAGAGGCAAGGAGGCGGAGACUACCAGCGAGGAAGAGGUGGGGCGGAGAAGGCCACCAUCCUGGUUAAGGCGUGACGAGCCCACUAUGAAGGAGGCUGAGAUGGACGCAGCGGUAACAGAUGUGAAGAAGGUGCCGGACCACCAGCUCUUCUCGUCUGAGGAAGAAGAGGAAGAGGAAGAAGAGGAGGAGGAGGAGUCUGAAGAUGAAAGAUCGGAAGUGGAAGUCCUGCCUGGUGGGAUUGCGCCUCCUCAUGGCGAACCUUCGCCACAGUUUCAGUUUCAGGGCAUUGUAAACCUGGCAUUUGAAGACGGCACUGAGCAGGAGAACGAGCAGCCAGACUAUCAGUCUGCUUCCGGAUUCCGACGCUCCGUGCUGCUGUCGGUGGACGAGUGUGAGGAGCUGGGAUCUGAAGAGGGGGGAGCCCAGACACCCCCUCAGCAGGAGGAAGAGGACCUCACGCCAUGCGACGUCUUUGAGAGUGAGUCGCACAAUGGCCACGCCAACUCCCACAAGCCCACCAGCAUAUCAAAGACAGGCUGUAAUUCCAGCAGCCCCAAGCAGGGGGAGCCUAAAUCCACAGUUUUCCUUACAGAGGUCCGCGACUCUCCACCCGAAGAGCAAGGGUGUGACCAGUUCCAGCUGGACACGGACACAAACGAGGUUGCUCCUCAGGAACGGCCCUGUCACCUGGACCUGCGGCUGUCCGAACAGUACGGCAGCCUGCAGCCCAAACACACAGACAGCAAAAGAGCAGACCUGCGGCUAGACUUGCCUGAGCAGGUGCCCGCUAGCUCUUCUUCACCUGUACACCCCGCCCAGUCCCCAGCAGGGGACAUUGAUGGUUGUGACAGACUGGAUCAAAGCUGCACACAUGACCGACGACCAUCUAAAGUGCUGUCCCCCAUUUACGAGCUGGAUGUGGGAGAGGCCUUUGAACAGAGCUUGGACGUGAACGGGAUGGACAACGAGGAGCAGGAAGACAAGAUAGAUGAAGAAGGGAUGGGCGAAGACGACGGGACAGAGGAGGCGGAAGAAAACAGCAAGUUUGCAGAGCGAGACUGGAGCUUGCUCCGGCAGCUUCUGUCCGAUCAGGACUCCAGUCUGGGCGUUAUAAACUCAGUCCCAGAGGACUUAAACCUGGCUCAGUAUUUGAUAAAGCAAACCCUCUCACUGUCCCGGGACUGUCUCAACGAGCAGGCCUUUCUGCCCCAUGAGAAAGAAAGUUUCAAACGGUGGGCGGAGCUUAUUUCUCCGCUCGACGACUCUACAACCAGCAUCACUGUGACCAGCUUCUCUCCGGAGGAUGCUGCCUCUCCGCAGGGAGAGUGGACUAUAGUGGAGCUGGAGACUCAUCACUAAAAUGGACGGAAAGCGAGGGAUUGUAUGGCCUUCUUUCAGCAAUUGAGGAUUAUCAGGUGUUUUUGGAUUGCUGCGUUCUCUUCUUCCCUCUGUGUAGACUUGUGGAUGUUUCUCCAUUCUUUUUAAGAAACUUUACGAGACAUUUCAGCUACAGAUUAUUUAUUAUUUUGCCUAAAGUUACGCUCUGCCUACUUCUCUUCAGAGGUACUUUAUCAUGGAGUGGAUCCAUGGACUUAAUGCAUUUAAUUUGCAUGUGGACUUUUUGUAUAAGUUAUACUGUUUACUUGGUGUCGCUUUGAUCUUUGUAGAAAAUAACAAAACAAUGCAUAUUUCUUUCUCGUUGCUCUUUCUGUCUAUAAAUGAUGGUAUUGGGCAGAGCAGAUGGGGAUAUGUAGUAAGUCUGGUGGUUUACAAUCAUUGUUGUACUUAAAAAAAAUAAAAUAUGUGUGGUUAUA